AUGACAAGUACAAAAGUUGAUAUAGAAAUCUGGAAUGGAAAAGGGGAUUUUACUCUUUGGAGUCAAAAAAUGAAGGCACUUCUGAUGCAACAUAAAUGUGUGAAAACACUUGAUGAGUUUUGGGAAGAAGAAAUCAUAGAAAGAAAAAGAAAUAAACAAAUUGAUACUACAUGGAGUCUGAUUUUCUUACACCCGUCUAAUAGUGUCAUUAGAGAAGUAGGAAAGACUGAGACCGCUGAAGAAAUUUGGACAAAACUUGAAUCCCUUUAUAAAACAAAAUCACUUCCCAAUAAAUGUUAUCUUUGGAAACAAUUCUUUAUCUUCAAGUUUGACCCACAUCUUGAUCUUGAAGCAAAUCUUGACAGAUUUAACAAAUUAACUCAAAAUCUCACAAAUAGUAGUGAAACACUCUCCGGUGAACAACAGGCUAUAGCCUUAUUAUCUGCCUUACCUGAAAAAUAUAAAGACUUAAGAAAUGCUCUUGAAUAA